AUGCGUGAGACGCUCUUUCGAGCCUAUCUCCUCGAGGGUCUUAACAACACGCUCCGCGACCGAGCUGUCUUUGACUCGGGCCUCUACUAUGGUGUCGCCGUCACCAACACUACGACGCUGACGACGUUCUGCAGCGCGCCGGGUCGCCUUCCCGAGACCAACAUUGACGCGGCCUGCGACGGCUGCCGUGAGAUUGUGUCGGCUUCAUUGCCACCGUCGCGGUUGCGCGACUGGAUCGACGACAAGUGCCCGGAGACCGUGGCCGAGACAGCAACGACGUUCUGCCUCUUCUACGCGAGCAAGCUCGUGAUGCCGUAUUUGCUCUCGUACGAAGAGGCACGCAUCGCUCGGUACAACCAGCUCCGUGGGCUUCAAGGUGCGCUUCGAAGCACAAAAGAAACGAUCGGCAACGGCAUCGGGUUUACGGCAGCUCUUCUGUUUGGCUUCUCGAUAUUACUCGCGUCCUACUUAACGUUUUGCUCGAAACGCGACCCCGCGGACGAAGAAGACGAGCUCAUGUACUACACCAUGACGCGCCAGCCAUGGCAAGGGGUCUAA